AUGGAAGAUAUUCUGUGGUUUCACAGCUAUAAUAAAAGAGAAGAGGAUUUUGCAUCAUUGAGGGAAUACAAUGAUUACUUGGAAGAAGUAGAGGAUAUGAUUUUUAAUUUAAUUGAAGGAGUAGACGUUCCUGCUAUUGAAGCAAAGAUUGCUGAGUACCAGAGAGAAAAUGCUGAACAAAUCAUGAAUGCUCAUGCUCGCAAGGCUGAAGAAUAUGCAGCAGCUCUGGCAGCAAGCAAGGGACAACCUGCACAGACAGGUGUUGAUUUGGUGAGUUUAUCUUCUGGGUUUCAAAUCUUUCUGCAUUUUAAUUCUUGAUUUACUCUUUUACUUGAAUCUAAAUGUUUAUGCAAUGCUUAUGUUGACCUUUUCUCAGUUGGCAUCCAGUUACAGAAUUUUUUAUCAUCAUUGAUUGUCUCUCUGUACUUCAUUUCUUUUAGCUUUAGUACUAUCAACAGUUAUGUGGUUAUCUAUUUGGCUUUUCUUAUAUCAUGAGCGAAGUUGCAACAAAAGAAUUUUUCUAUGUUGUUCUGAUGCCAGUUGAAAAUUUAGGGUCAUACUUAAGUGUCUAUGGUCCUGGAGUACUGCUCUGAUCAAUCUGUCACCUGAACAUCCUAAAAAACCUAAAAGCUUAGUCCUGUAUCAUUUGGAGAAUAACCCCUUAUGGAGGGCUUAGUUAUUCUAACAGUGCACUUAAAAUUUAAACCACUUCAUUGGAAGGAUGUUCUUACUCCACUCCCUUCUUUGACCCUAUCCACUCAUCAGGUGAUCCCUUGCUUCACAUUCAUGUGUUUGCUCAUUCUUUAGACCCGUGAAUGAGAUUUCUGCUCAUUGCAGUCACCUUUGGGGUUCUUCACACCAGGAUAUCACAAGGCCGAUGUGCCUCAACCCUGCAAAUUCAACAAAAAAGGAUAUUGGUAUAUGCUUCCCAUUUAAGCCAAGUCUCACUGACAUGUCAACCAUUAUAUGUUCACGAAUUCGAUAAUGAUUAUCACUUUUAGAUUAUUCCAUUAUACGGGAAAAGUGCUAACUAUCGAGAGGGGAGUGUUUCCUACUCUUUUUUCUAAUUAAUUUUUCUUUAUU